GUCCAGGGAGGCUCCUCCGCACGCCAUGUGCCCGUGUCCCCGGCAUCGCGGCCGCGGGCCCCCGGCCGUGUGCGGUUGCGGCGACGCUCGCCCCGGGCUGCGCUGGGCGGCGGCGCAGGUGACCGCGCUGCGGCUGCAGGCGCUGGGCGACGAGCUGCACCGACGCGCCAUGAGGCGUCGCGCGCGGCCCCGGGACCCGCUGCCCGCGCUGCUGCCCGCGCUCCGCGCCCGCUGGCCCUGGCUGUGCGCGGCCGCGCAGGUGGCGGCGCUGGCGGCCUGGCUGCUCGGCAGGCGGAGCGCGUAGGCGGCGCGCGCGGGGCCUUCUUGGUGGGGGGGACCGGAGCCGAGACCCAGCCCGGACGGAGCAACAGGUUGGCGAAACCCUGUGUCCUUGGAGGAAGCUGGUUCCUGUUUUCCUGAGGGAGUAGCCCGGAGUGCGGAAGGAAGCCAAGAGUGUACAGAGUUGAUGGUGGGAACGCGGGCAGAGGAAGCCCCUCGGGAAGUCCAGCUGCAGAGAUAGCCACCUCAGUGCUAUUUACAUAGAGCUAUAUAUAUACAAAACAGGAGAAAAAUACAAAAUUCCGUAUCUGUGCAUGCCUGCGGGGGACGUGGUCCCUUUCCUUUCCACGCAACCUUGCGAUGUGAACUCUGAGACUUUGUGAUGUCUAGGGUGGCAGGGGAGAGAGAUGCUUGCUGCUGCGCGUGCAGGGAACUUACGUGGACCUGUGGGAUCGGCCUCAGUGUGGACCAACUGCUCAGCACAGAUGCUGGUGUGGAGUAGAGGGAACUCAGCGGCCGAAGGCAAGAUGGACAAGACAGAGGGGACGUGGGGCCCGUUUUGUUGGGGGCAGCCUGGGAUCCCUCCAUUUCUUGACAUGUCCUAGCCUCUCACUGUCCCCGUUGAGUCAGCUCUCUAGAUCUCAUGGCGGUCAUAGCCAGAGAAACGGGAUGUCAUUUUCUUUCCCUACCUACAAGUGUGUCUGGUGCUUCUCUUCACAGUUUCUUGGUGCUAAGUGUAUCCUUCUUGGUACAGACAGAGUCUUACAGACAGACCGGGAAGGCCAGGGGAUGAGACGUUUCUAUUUUGCUCUUUGGAUAGACUCUCGUUGCUUUUUUAAAAAAGGGCCAGGUGACAAGAUUGCCACUGGAAAGUCUCUCUCUGGGGGGAGGGGUGGUGCUCACAGGGCUUAAGAGCAGCCCCUCCCCCAGGGGGCAGGGCUACGAAGGGGAGGGGCGGGCCUUAUACAGGAGCUGCUUUGGAGGUGGCAGUCCCUCCUCUCCCUGCAGCAGCACUCUGGGAGACUGCUGUGGACUCCUCCAAUUUCCUAAGGGGAUUCAGGGCUUAGGUUUUUGUAGAUUCAAGAGCCAAGAAAUAGCUGCGUUCUGACGGAGCGUGAUUUCUAAGCAGGGGAUGUGGGGGGAGGGGGGCGGACCGUUUAAAUGAAAUGUCCGAUUUCCCCUGCUCCCCAAACACACGGAAUAAGCUACUGUUUUCAGAAGUUUCUAGAAGGGCUAAUAUAAAUAUAAAUAUAUAUACACAAAUAUAACGAAGCUGAGCGCUAGACUGACAUUUGGCUGCAGUGGCUCACGGCUUCAGGACUGGUGGCUUUUUUUUUUUUUUUUUUUAAGGAACAGGUAUUACUCCUCUGCAUGGAUACUGUAUCACACCCCCCCCCCCCCCAGGUCUUUGUAGCCGAGAUGGUGAGGGAUGCUUGCUUGGGCUCAGUGAGACAGUUACUCUUGUUUUUAUUUUAUCUUUUUUUUUCCUUUCUAAUUUUGGAGACAAGGCCUCACCCUGGAGCCCAGGCUGACCUCAGCUCAUGAGCCUCCCUGCCCUGUAUCUGGUAUUUGGGACUCUGACUACCAGGGGAGCGUCAUUUUCUCCUGGCUGGAUUUGCAGGUGACUUGCCUAGUACCUGGGGGAUCAGGGUUUCUGCUAGAAAGCAUCGGUUGUUCAGGUGCGCAGGGCUUCAAGGGAACCGGUCCCUGGCCAACAUUGCUGAGUGUGAUCAGUAAAAUGCACCCUUUCCCAGUUUGUAGUCAACAGGCUCCUCUCUCCAUUUUAAAUCCAUGCCUUAUAUUUCUCUGAAUAACCCACUUAAAAAAAAAAAAACAAAAAAACAAAAAAACACAACCGGGAACUCAAUGCUGAAGCCUCCCCCUUUUAUCUGCCAGAACCGAAGUCAGCAAAGAAAACUAAAUAAAAGGAGAGAGCCUGUCUGGCAGGGGAAGCAGCAGGCAGCAGGCCAUGCCCUCGCCCAGCCAGAAUUACACAGAAUGAUCUGGAAGACACCCUCUGCUUGUGUUGAGUCCCUUUCCCAGCAAGGAAACAAGUCCUUGCAAGCAUCACAUUUCAACAUGGUGGGACUCUGUGGUGUCAGCCUCUUUAAAGACACACGGUCCAGAUCACAGCGGGGGGCGCGCUGACCCUGGAGAGACCCAGCGCAAAGGGUGAGGAGUGAGAGAAAACCUCUCUUUCUGUGUUUUGCUUUCUGAGCCUGGCUUUGCCUGUUAGCUAGUGAUAGCUCCCUGGAGGAUUUGAACUCCAAACACAGGGGUUAGCCUCUCUGGUCAUUUUCAUUUCAAUGAAGCUGUGUUGCCGAGAGAGCCGGGCACCCUGUGACCUUCCUAAUGGAACUUCUCAGCCAAGUCCUCUGUAAAUACUCUCCCGUAGUAAUGGAAACCACGUAUUUGUCGAAUCUGGGCCUUGGCUCGCACGCUGUUCAUUUGAGUGUGCUUCUCCUGCCCCGGGUUUGAUGGGGUUGUUUUUUAAAUGCCUGUUUUUUCUAUGAGAUCUGACUUCUUGAUGGACAUUUGUAUUAGAAUAUUGAAGCAUGCUGGCUGUGUCACUGUUGUCUCACUGUCUCUGCCGUGGUGUUACUUGGACUGCAUGAGAUAAUGGGACAGCCUUUCUGUUAUUGGUGUUAUUGAAAAAAAAAAAAACAAAAAAAACCCAACCCAACUUCCACAGUGUGUGAAGCUCUGGCACAAUCUCCCUCUCUUUAUCCUGCUCUCCCUGGCUGCCAAGGAGCAUUGAUUUUGAUUCGCUUCUAUGUAGAGUCUGUGAAGAGGGAGAGAGGCUUUGAAAUAAAUUUUAAAAAGACCUCAUACUGGGUUUCAGCAGACAGCAGUGGGUAUGUGUGUGUGUGUUCGUGCAUGUGAGUGUGUGUGCAUCCAUCCGACUGGGAGGCCUCUGAGAUCAUUGCUAAGGAGCUGGUUGUGUGAGGAGCUGAGGCGCCACCCGGGUCUAAAAGCUGCUGGCUGCUCUCUGAGGGGGAGUCCUGGGAGUCUGUGGGACUGAAGCCUUCUAGAGUAGGUCCACUCCCUUCUGGAAGCUUCUCUCCCUCACUUCAUCCCCCACAAGCAAGAGCUCUGCCCACAUUUGGGGUUCAAUUUCCCUUUGUCUAGAUGGAGUUUGAGCCAGAGUUCUUUUGGAGAGCCCAGGAAGGACUGUGCCCACUGUCCACAGUCCUGGGCUGGGAGGCCAUGCCCCCCCAUUCCCUGUCCCUCUCCACACCCCAUUUACAGUUACCCUGGAGACUGCCUCCCCACUUCUGUGAUAGCCUUGUUCUGUUUCCUUUCUACCUUGAUGGGGGAUACUGACUGAAGCCUAGUGUCACAGGAUAACGAGGCCUUGAAUGGCCUGAUGAUACUCUUUAGAUCUGAGCUCAUGUCCUGUAUGCCACCUGACUGUACUGUCAUGUUUCUAAAAUUGACAAAGUGUCAUUCUUGCUCACUGAGAACUGGGGGAGGGGGCAGAUCCACGCAUGAGCUCCCCAGGUAUCUCUGGGAGACCCUGGGUCACUAUUGGGGACGACGGCUUGUUUUUGUUAUUACUAUUAUUGUUUUCUGAGACACGGAGCCAGGCUGGCCUUGAACUCUCUAUACAGCAGAGGAUAGCCCUGAACUCCUCAUCCUCCUGCCUCCACCUCCUGAUUACUGGAAUGGGCCGAUUACUGGCUUUUGUUGUGGACUUUUUGGAUGUCCACCGUGGACUGUUAGAACACAAGUCUCUCCCGGGUUCAUGCUGUUUUCUUUUCUGAGCCUGAAGUCAACUUGGGGAGAGCAGGGGGUCAGAAGGUGCUGGGGAUUCGGGGAGAGGGGCCGCAGCCUAUUUCCACAGGAGCUGGUCCGAAGCCCCACCAAGAGGGAAAGCGUACAUCACAGUGUCUCUUGAAAGCUUUAGCCAAAAGUUUAUCUUUUUGACAUUUUAAUGUAUUCACUCGAUGCUUAUUUACUGAACAUCUACCGUGUACCAGCUGAAGACCUCCACGUCUGAGCAAAGUGACUUAGUUAUGGUACAGCAACAGUCCUUUUUGGAGACCAGAUGCCGUGAAAUGUCCCUUUCCAGUCUGGCUCAUAAUUUAGAACAGAUCUGCCGGGUCACCAUUGUGACCCCAAGCCUUGCUGGCAGAUUGCUAUAUAGUAUUUUCUGCAUGCCACUCUCUGGGCUGAAUGCAAUUAAAAAUUUUGCUACGUUGUCUCCUUCUCCACUGAGAGGAUUGGUCCCUUUUGUACAAUAAUCAACACCCCCCACACACACACACACAGGAGCACGGCCACUGAACACUGCAGGAGGCGCUUCCCAAGGCUUCCCCUGAGAGAGCCCCAUCCUAUUGGUUAGUACCACUGAUCCCAUUUUACAGGCGAGGAAGCUGAGGGCACCCAAAUGGCAAACUAAGGGUUGCAUUUGAGUUCGUGCCCCCCCCCCCCACAAGCCAAUGUGGUGCCUGCUCUGGUGUCACCCAUUUAAAAGCAAGCAUUAUGGGUGAAGGCAAGAUAUUCUAGGUCAAAGGCAGACAUUGCUAGUCUAAGGGCAGGGACAAACCUGUGGCCCAGCAGGGAGUGUCUACUUUAGCUGAAAAGAAAGCAAGCCUUAUUUGGGGACACUUGAGAGCAGAAGGUUGUCUCCAGUUUUAGAAACCUCCAGGGUAAGGGGUAUCUAAUGUGCAAACGGACUGUCCCAACCAUUCUGGAGGCCCUGGGGAGUCUCCCACCCCUCUCUCCUCUAUCUCCUCUCCCAACCCUGGAUCCCCAAGGUCUUUGCACUGGAAGAGUCAAGGAGCCGGUAUGGAUGGCAGAGGUGGCUGUGAGGGCAUUUGGAGACUGGGGGAGAGGCAGUAACUUGGGGGGACAUUCUGUCUGGGUCCUGACCUUGUUGCCUUGUGCUCUUUUGUAAGGGGUGGGGGGCUCCCUGCCUGGAUGCUUUGUACAUAUUUGUUACACUUUUAUUAAAAAAUUGAUCGUGCACCUCU